GGUAACCACGCCACAAAUUUGAUGAAUCACCUGCGUCUAAAACAUGAAGACGAAUACAAAAAAGUAGUACAAAUAAAUAAAUUAUCUGUAAAAAUUACAGAAAAAAAGAACGCAACCGAAGAUGAAAAGGAUAAAAAACGAAAAAAAUUACUAGAUAGCUGCAUCAAAUUGAUUGCUGUUCAUGGAAGGCCAUUUGAACUACUCGAUGACGAAGCUUUUUGUGACAUUAAGGCUUUAAUAUUACCUGAUUUUAAAAAUGAAGGAAAUAGUAAAAAAAUAAAAGAUAUGAUUUUAGAUAAAUCUUACGAAAUAAAAGAAAAAAUCACCACUGAAUUAAAACAAAAGAUGAUUUCUGUCAAAUUAGAUUCUGCUACGUGCUUGGACAGGCAAUUUAUUGGAGUUAAUGUUCAGUACAUAAAAAAAAACAAAAUUGUUUCACGUACAUUGGCUCUCCAGGAAAUUUUUGAUAGACAAACAGCAGAAAAUUUGAAAUUAAUAAUCAUUGACAUUCUUGGCGAUUUUGGUAUUCCUUUGAGAAAUAUUUACUCUAUCACGACAGAUAACGGAUCGAACUACUUAAAGGUAACAAGUUUAUUUAAUGAAGAAAUAAGAAACGAAAAUAAUGACAGCGAAGAAGAAACAGACGAUGAAAACAAUUUUAAUUCAGGUGUUGAUUCAUUUGAUGCCACUGUUUUAAAUGAUACCAAUGAAGACACAGAAAGUCAUCCAUUUCAAAUUACAUCAGUAAGAUGUGCAGCACAUACUUUACAGCUUUGUGUAAAAGAUGCUAUAAAUAAAAACCCGGAAACCGAUUCCGUCAUUGACAUUAGUCGCCGUGUCGUUAGUAUUUUACGUCGACCUUUAAUGAAAAUCAGGAUUCGAUCACAAAAACUGAGAAAACCAGUCAUAGACUGUAACACUAGAUGGGCAUCGACGUAUAACAUGUUGAGAAGACUAAAAGAGUUAAAAGCAAUUUGUGAUGACUCUGAGGAAAUAUGUCAAAUACUUAGUGAGAAUUUUUGGUUAGAAAUAAAUAAAAUACUGGAAUGUUUACAACCAGCGGCCGAAGCUACAAUACGCCUUCAAGCAGAGCAGCUAACAUUGGGUGAUUUUUAUUCAAUAUGGAUAAUUUGUAAAAACAAGACAGAAAAUCUCGAUUUCCCGCUGGCCAAAGAUAUUGUAACUUCUAUGAUACAUAGAGAAAAUCUGUUACUGCAGAAUAAUGCAUUUUUGGCGGCAAUUUUUAUUGAUCCCAGAUGGAAGAUAACUUUAUCAGAACAAGAAAUAGAGAUUGCCAGAAACUGGAUUAAGGAUGUCCAUCGACAGAUGUGUCUCAUACAUCAAGAGCGGGAAAAAAAUAGCCCAGAAAUCCAAGAGAGUUCUAGUGUUUUAAAUCAAGCAAGUACUUCUCGGGAUCCCAUAAGCGUACAACAUUCAGUACCCGGUAAUAAUUUUCAAACUGACCUUCAGUCUUUGGAAUCAAUUUUAGAUGAAACACAAAGAGUAAGACAUCGUUCAACCGACUUCGUAAGAAUGAAUUUUGACUAUUUCUUAGCUGAAUAUGCGACAACUCCAAGACUUGCCAUUACGGAAGACGUGAUAGUGUACUGGACACAAAAAUUACCAAAUGAAUUAGCUGAAGUAGCGCUGGUAGUGCUUGCUGCUCCAGCAACGCAGGUCACCGUAGAACGGCUAUUUUCUACAUUAAAAUUUAUUUUAACACCUUCCCGAAAUCGUCUGUUGGAUCAGACAAUUAAAAGUAUUAUUCUUAUAAAGUGUAAUGAAGAUAUGUUUGAUGAUUGA